CAGUUGCCCAGUCACAUACAUUAUUCUCAACAUCAGAAGAACGACAGAUGCAAACCAUGAGAUGGCCUUCAGGGGUAAAGUGGCCGACACGAGGACAGUGCUUGUGCACCUGCUGCUAUGCCUCGUCAUAUUCUACUCUCUCUACUACAUGAUUGGGAGUGUGUGUUUCGGCGCGUUCAGGUUGGAUCACUUUGAUGGACUUAUUCCCUUUGACUUUAAGACUGAACCAACCAAUUUGGAGUCCAACUCCAAAUACCUGGUGAACCUGCUGUCCAUGGAGUUGACCUAUUUCUGCAGUGGUCUGCUGUUUGCAGCCGUGGUGAGGAGAUGGGUCUGGGACUACGCUCUCACAGUCACACUACUGCACGUACUGCUCACCAGCCUGGUGAUGUUGGAGUUUCCCUUGGUAUGGCAGUGGUGGCUGGCCCUUGGCAGCGGGUUGUUUCUGAUGAUCUGUAACGGUCAGCUGAUAGCUUACUUCACCUGCCAGAGUGACCAGAGUUACCCCACCUUCAACAGCUACUGAGUACACACACACACACUGACUAGAGUUCUUUGCAGUCAGUCCGGUGGAAAUGGAGGGAAACCAAAUGUUCCUGUUGACUUGGUUACCUGUUUGAUUGUUGCACUUUGUUUCUGUUGGACCGGCUUCCCAGACACCAAUUGAGCCAAGUGAUUCUCCAAUGAGCAAGCUUUUGAGUCUAGGAAACAGCUCUUAUAUGUCAUAUCUGUAGUAUGUAAUAUCUGUAGUAUGUAAUUGAAUGUUAAUCUUAUGUCAGACAAUGUUAAUCAUGUAAUUGAUCAUCUUAGAAGUAUUAAACUAGCUGUAA